UGCUAGCACUGGAUAAGACUAUUGUUCCCAAAUUAAACUACAAGGAAAAUGGAAACUAACGCAUAAUAACCGUUGGAUCAACUUAAUACUACAAACAUCCAUUCUGAGUGUCAUGUUUCUGUAUGAUACAAGAAUAGAUGAUAUUUUGCAUCCUUGCAAUAGUUCACCGCCAGAAGAGGACCCCUACUAGCCUCCUUUUCGAAAAGAAGAAGAAGAAGAGGACCCCUGCGGCUUUCAUGAGCAUGGUACACUGCAAUGCAUUGAAUGAUAGUGGCAAGAAGGAAAAAUUCAUGCAAGAUAAGGCACAAUUGCACAAGACAUGUCCUACAUAAAGGUGGCCAUUUCCACUACGAAGCACAAAACCAUACACAUCUAAGCCUCAAAAAGAUACAUCAUUCACCCUCGAGUCAGACAAUGGCUCUUGUUGAUGACGAGCUCAAGGCCAAGGCCGAGGUGUACUACGACGAUGAGAUUUGCAAGCAGUGCACCAGGCUCCUGCUCAAGGAAGCAGGCCUCCCCAACGGCCUGCUUCCCCUGAAGGACAUCGUGGAGUGCGGCUAUGUCGAGGAGACUGGGUAUGUGUGGCUCAAACAAAAGAAGAGGAUAGACCACGUCUUCCAGAGCCUGGGAAGGGUGGUGUCUUAUGGCACUGAGAUCACUGCCUUCGCAGAGAAGGGCAGGAUCAGGAAGGUCAAAGGGAUAAAGACCAGGGAGCUCAUGGUGUGGCUCCCUGUGGAGGAGAUCUCCCUCGACGAACCAGCGACCGGUAAGCUCAUCUGCAAGAGCAUUGCCGGCUUUUCUAAGAUCUUCCCUGCAUCAGCUUUCCACAUCCCAGAGAAGGAGAAUGAGAAGGCCAACUGCGCCGGACCAAAACCAGUGGUCCUCAUGGAGAGGGCAGCACGGGUUGUUAAGAACAACUGAUCGAUCCUACAAUCCUGCUCCUGUGUACGUACUAAAAAUAAUCGUCGAACUGGUGCUUUACUAUUUGCUUACUUAUGUACUUCAAAAAAAAGGUGAUAGCCCAAAGUUCUGCCUAUAUACAGCAGUGUAUGGCUGUCCUGGUAUUUAUAAACCUCCAAGCCAACCGCCCAAACUCCUUUUAUAUCUACCUCAUAUAUAGCUGUAUGUUACUCAUAUGUACUACUACCAUAUAAUGGAUGGAUUUUAUAUGA